GGAGAAAGAAACUGAUCUCUUCUUCUUCCUCCUUAGCCGGGAAGCUCACAAACGGAGAACUCUGCUGUUCCUUGAGACGUGCCCUGAAGGGUUCUUAGAAUCAUAUUCGGUGGAUCAUUCACUAUGUCAUGUAUAGUAGAGGAGACAGAACGUGCAGAUCAAUCAAAUGAGACACAAAUUGCGCUUAUCAGUGGAGUUCCUGAUGAUAUCUCAAAAUCCUGCUUGGCUAGAGUUCCAAGAGAAUAUCACAUGUCAAUGAAAUGUGUUUCCAGGAGAUGGAGAGAUUUUUUGUGCAGUGAUGAAUUGUGUCAUUAUCGAAACAAGUUUAACUUGGCUGAAUCUUGGAUUUAUGCGUUGUGCCGGGACAUAUCUGGCGGUGUCUUCUUACACAUGCUGAAUCCGUUCUCAUCCAGAAGAUCAUGGAAAAGAAUCCAUGAAUAUCCAUAUAUCCCAAAGAGAGAAGGCAUGGGUUUUGCAGCACUGGGUAAGAGACUGUUUGUUUUGGGUGGAUGUGGUUGGUUAGAAGAUGCUACUGAUGAGGUUUAUUGCUACGAUGCUGCUAUGAACACUUGGUUCGACGUACUACCUCCUCUUUCAACUAAAAGAUGCUACUUUGCUUGUGAAACGGUGGAUGGAAAAAUUAUGGCAAUUGGGGGGCUAGGAUUGAAUCCAAAAGCUAAACGAACUUGGGACAUCUAUGAUCCUUUGACCAGAACCUGCAAUUCUUUUUCCGAUGCUAAUAUUGUCCCUGAAAUAGAAGAUUCAUUUGUAAUGGACGGAAGGAUUUAUGUUCGGGGUGGUGGAUCUUCCGCUGCAGUCUAUAAUGCAUCUAGCGGGAUUUGGGAACAUAUGGAAGAUGAUAUGGCAUCAGGAUGGAGAGGUCCGGCAGUGGUUGUGGCAGAUGAGCUCUAUGUUUUGGAUCAAACUUUUGGAACUAAGCUAACGAUGUGGUGCAAGGAUAAGAGAAUGUGGAUUAGUAUUGGGAAGCUAUCUCAAUUAGUGAUGAAACAGCCUUGUCGGCUUGUUUCCAUUGGGAAUAGUGUAUUUGUGAUUGGUAAAGAUUGCUCUACUGUGGUAAUAGAUGUCGAAAAUGUGAGGAAGACGACAAUGAAUGGAGUGAUGGUGUGUUCUUCUAUACCAAAGACUUGGGAAGAUGAAAUAGAUGUAAUAAGUUGUAAAUCUGUAGCCAUAUAGUGUGUAACUAUCUACUUUGCUCUAAAAUGCUUGUUUCUUGUGCAAAAAACAUAUGUUAUUAAUAUGUUCAUGUAAGCUUGUCUGAAUCACAA